GCCCGCGCGCGGCGCCCGAGCGGCCCCGGCGGCGGACGCGGCCUGCGGCCCCAUGGAGGGGGACAAGAAAAGAACCAAAGAAGAUACUUGGAAAGCAGAAGAACUUAGGAAACAUCUAAAGGCAUUACUACCAGAUAGUCAAAAUGAAGACCGAAAACACAGAGAAAAGAAACUGCAGAGAGAGAGGACUGUUCAUGACACAGACCCUAACAGACAUGAACGCAGACACAGAGAGAAGAGCAAGGAAAGAACAAGAGAGAGAGAGAGGUUUAAAUCCAGUGAAAGGGACAGGGAUAAAAGGAGAGAGAAAGAAAGGGAAAAAGAACACCAGAGAGGAGACCGAGAGGGACACAAAGUUCAAGAGUCAUGGGAGGAGAGACACAGCAUACUAAAACAUAAAGACAGGGAGACUGGUAGAGAACGAGACAAAAAGCACAAGACAUAUGAGAUAAAGCAAACAGAUCCACAAAAUUAUCUGAAAUCAUUGGAAGGAGGAGAUACAGAACAUCACAGAAGAAGAGAAAUCAGGCAUCGUUUGGAGGAGGAGAAAACAAGAACUGAAGAGCGAGAAAGAAGACAUAAAGCACUGAAGGAUAAUGAUUUAAGAAAGAAAAUUGAAAAAUUUUUAGCAUACAAAGUUGAAGAAGGUGAACAUGUGCAGAAGUUAGAGAAACAUCAAGACUUGGAUAAAGAGAGAGAAAGAAAACACAGGCAAAAAAAAGAACAUUCUAUUGGGGCAGAAAAAGAGAGACUUUCUAAAGAGAAAAGUCAUAAACAUUAUGAAAAGGAAGAGGAAGAAAAACAUAAAUCAAAGAGAUCUAAAGAAAAACCUUCCCAUGGAGGCAGAGAAGACCCAGCAGCAGAAGCUGAUGAGAGAGUAAAAAGUAGAGAAAAGGAAAGAAAGAAAUAUGAUAUAAGGAACAGUGAAUACAAAAAGGAGGAGAGGAUUCAAGAAGAAAUGAGCCAUCAGCUUGUAAGGACUGUAAAAGAUAAAGGAAAAUUUGUUGAAACAGAGAAUAUGGACACAAGACAAGAGGAAGUGAAAGAUACACACAUCUCUAAUCCAGACACAGGACUUGAGGAUUUUUCACUGAAUUAUGAGGAUGACUUUGAAGUCUAUGAAGAUGAUUUUGAAGAUGAUGAAGACAAAAGUGGUGAAGCAGGAGAUGCAGAAGAAAACCUAAGAGAUGUUCAAUUUUCCAGAACAUCAGAAAUUGAAGAACUUCAAAGAGCAAUUACUGCAGAGAAUGAGAGAAUUUUUACUCCAUUGCCAAAGAAACUAGAAAAUGAAAAAAAGGAAGCAGACAUAGAAAGGCAAGAUUCUUCUGUCAGAAGCUCUUUUUGUGGAAUAUUCAUGGAUUUCCAAAUGGCAAACCAAAGACAAAGCAGCCGAAGUAUGGCCAGUAAGCAGAAAAAACGGAGUUCUGAACUUCUCCCACUAAUUGACCUGGAUUUCUCAGUUAGUUUUUCAUUACUGGAUUUGCCCCCUGUCAAUGAGUACGACAUGUACAUCAGGAAUUUUGGUAAAAUGAACACUAAGCAGGCAUAUGUUCAGUGUAAUGAGGACAAUCUUGAUAGAGACAUUCAGACUGAGGAAGUUGAGACACUGGAGAAAUGGACACAGCAUCCAGGAGAAAGUGCUCUUGUAUCUGGAGGUCCCAUAAACAGCCAGGAUACAUCAGUGCAUGGAGCUCCAACACCUAAAAUUGACUCACAAAGAUUAGCAAAUUUUCUCCGGUCUGCAUGCCAGGUGAUUGCUGUUUUGCUAGAGGAAGAUCAAGUUGCAACACAGCCCAGGAAACUAAGAUCUCGACAAACCAGUCUGUCUAUUAGUGAUAGCUGUUUCCAGUUAAAUACUAACCAGCCAUUCCUCCAUGGCCGAAAAAUACCCUACUUAUAUGUCUCCCAAGUUCAGAGGCAGACACUACUUUCUGCUCAUGGAUUACCUGAAAAGGCAGAUGUGGAUUUGCUGAGCAGAAAGAGCCUUAUAUGUGUUUGGAACAUCUGGCAGCCCUCCAGUCCUCAGAAAAUUUUAAUAUGUGAUUCAGAGGUGAUAUGUUGCUGCUUUAGUCCCAGUAAAGCAACAUUAGUUUUUGCUGGAACAGUAGAUGGUUCAUUGUUGGUGUGGGAUCUUCGAGAAGACUCAAAAAUGCACCUUUGUAUGAUGAUCACUGGAACUGAGUGGACAUUUAGAGUUCCCACAUUUUCCACAGAUGGCAUUCUAAACUCAGUAAACCACACCUCUCCUAUACUGGCACUGGAACCUGUCUCAACUUCUCUCAACAGUGACCACAGUUAUGGGCUCUCAAGCCUGUCUUAUCAGGAGGAAAUGUCAGGCCCUACAUUUCAGAUAGCUUCAAUGGAUGAAAAUGGAAUCCUCAAUAUGUGGGUAGUUGUUGAAUUGCAAAAAGCAGAUCUAGCUGGUUCACAAACUGACUUAGGCUUAGUUCCUGGAGGGAAAGUGAAGUUAGUACAUAGCUCUACUAUGGAAUUGAGUAAGAGCCUUUUCCCAAAGGAAAUUAGCCAGAGAAUGCCACAGACACUGACUAUUAAAUUUCUGUCUUCUAAUCCAAAUCACUUCAUUGUUGGAACAAACAUUGGUCUGGUAGGCCAUGGUACAAGGCAUGAUUUAAAAGUUGUUCCAAAGCUAUUCAGGCCCCAGGAGAGCAGACUGAGAUCCAUAAGCAUCACUGCAAUUGAUUUCUUCCCUUUUGGAAAGCCACUGUUUUUGGUUGGCUGUUCAGAUGGAAGUAUUAGAUUACACCAGAUGACAUCAGAGUAUCCCCUCAUGCAGUGGAAUGACAGCACAAAGGGCCAGCCAAUUAUUGCCCUGCAGUGGGCUUUGACAAGACCUGCUGUGUUCUUUGCCCUGGAUGCAUCAUCCAAUAUUUACAUUUGGGAUCUUCUGGAAAAUGAUUUGGUGCCUGUGGCCAAGCAGACUAUCCCAUCAGAGAGGGCUGUAACUAUGACUCUGCUGGGAGAGCCAGAAAAAGCAAAUGGAUUGUUAGGAAUUGUGCUGGCCAAGGAAACUGGGCAGAUAGAAAUUCAGUAUGUAAAGAAGAAGUGGGCAUUACCUCAGCCUGAGGAAUCUGACAAACUGUAUUCUAUUUUAUUGCAGUCUUUUUAGAAACAGGGUUGUACAGUUGAUUGCAAAAUGUAUAGUUUAUUUUUUACUUCAAUUAAAAAAUUUAAUGUAAUUUGUAUGUAACUUCUGUAUAUUCUAAAGGCUAUCAAUACAAUAUUUCAACUGAAACAAUAUAUUUUAUCAUAAAAAUGACAGAAUCAAAUUUAUCAUUACUGUACUCAAAAAUAUGUUGAUUGUGUUUCAAUUACUGAAAGUACUCUAGAUGUACAUAUAUUUUUAAAAAAUAGCAAAAAUGCAUUCCUAUAAAUUGCA